ACCCCAUACUCUGUUAUCUUCUUUGAUCUUUUCUUCGUCUCCUCCUCCCUCUCGUCCCCUUCAAAUUUCCCAGUUCCUUCUUCGUCGUUGUCUCCUCCUCCUCCUCCUCCUCCUUUUGAAAAUUCGAAAUUUCCCUAUGUCAUUCAUUGUUUUUCUACUCCUCAUAGCUUCUGCACUAACUCCUUCGCACACCCACCUUUACUCCACCGAUCAAUCCUUCAUAUCUCUGCUGGUAUCCCGCAAGGGUCUUGAUUUUGUCAAGGACUUGCUCAUCUCUGAGGCGGUUUCUUCACUCACUCCGCUCCACUUGCCCCAAAUUCAGAAGACCGUGAAAAUCCCACUUGUUGGAAAUGUUCACAUGGUCCUAUCCAAAAUCACUAUUUACCAGAUCGAUGUUUCUUCAUCUUACAUUGAGCCCGGUGAUGCGGGUCUUUCGAUUAUUGCUUCCGGCACCACCUGCAAUUUGAGCAUGAGUUGGUCUUAUGACUAUCGCACUUGGCUUGUGCCCGUUACGAUUUCGGAUCAUGGAGACGCUUCAGUUCAGGUUGAAGGCAUGGAAGUGGGAAUAACUCUUGGCUUGGAGAACCAAGGAGGAACUCUGAAGCUGUUCCUUAAGGAGUGCGAGUGUUAUAUAAAAAAUAUCUAUAUAAAAUUGGAUGGAGGAGCAUCUUGGCUUUAUCAAGGGUUAGUGGAUGCUUUUGAGGGACAAAUAGGCUCAGCUGUAGAAAAUGCUAUUACCAAGAAUCUUGAAGGGGAAAUUUUAAAGCUUGAUUCCUUUUUCCAAGGACUUCCAAAGGAAAUCCCAGUGGACAAUAUUGCUUCUUUGAAUGUCACUGUUGUCAAUAAUGCUUUAUUGAGUAAUUCUUCCAUCGGAUUUGAGAUCAAUGGGUUAUUCAUAGCAAAUAAGAAGUCUGUAGUUUCCAGCUAUGGCCAUAAGAAUUCAAAUGUUGAAGUUUCUUGUGAAGAUCCCUCUAAGAUGCUAGGCAUUUCAUUAGAUGAGGCUGUUUUUAACUCUGCGUCAUUCUUAUACUUCAAUGCAGAAAUUAUGCAAUGGAUUGUGGAUAAAGUCCCAGACCAAAAUCUUCUAAACACUGCUGGAUGGAGAUUUAUUAUUCCCCAAUUAUACAAGAAGUACCCAGAUGAUGAUAUGAACAUGAAUGUUUCCUUGUCCUCGCCUCCAGUCAUAAAGGUUUCAGAGAAUAAAAUCGAUGCUACCAUGUAUGCAGACUUGAUCAUUGACGUUCUGGAAACUGGUGAAGUAAUACCAGUUGCAUGCAUAUCAUUGGUCAUCCAUGCGUGGGGUUCAGUUAAAAUUCAAAGGAAUAACCUUGUUGGCAAUGUGAAAUUGGAUGACUUCACAAUGUCAUUGAAGUGGAGCAAAAUUGGAAACCUGCGCAUGUAUCUAAUACAGCCAGUGAUGUGGACUAUCAUUGAAACCGUUUUCUUGCCAUAUGCAAACUCACGCCUUGGGAAAGGAUUCCCAUUGCCCAUUAUCCAUGGUUUUACUCUUCAGAAUGCCGAAAUUAGGUGCUCCAAUUCGAAAAUUACGGUUUGCAGUGAUGUGGUAUAUGCAGAAUCAUAUGGGCUUAAUCAGCUUCUCAUUUCCUGAGCAGGCUUGUGCUGGUUUGGGAGAUGGUCUUUGAAAAUUAGUAUUGGGGGGUCGGGAAAGGGAUACCUUUCUCCCUGUGAGACAGUGGGGUUUCAGGUGCAGCCCAGCCAGCUCUUGUUCAGGGCCUCAGGUACGUGUAUCUUGUGUGAAGCCCUACCAUCAAAGGAUUGAUUUGUGCCAUACCAAUGUUCAAGCGGGGCAUUGAAUAUGUAUGUUUGGGAUGUAAAUGUUGUUACUGAAUUUACUUCAUGUAAUUUACACCGUACUUGGGCAUGCAAGUGAUUUAACUGCAUUCCCGUGGACAUUAUAACUUUAUCAGGAUAGAAGAUUCCACA